AUGGAAGCGACGUCCCCCGUACAAGAUGCCGAGGGAGAGACACUCGAAGUGAUUAAGCAGCAGCUGGAGGAUCUGCGAUCACAGAAUGAGGGUCAGGCGGCGGCCCUUCGUGAGUUGCAAGAAGGUGUCGGGAAGUUUGUAAGGCUGGACGAUCGCCCCAGUGUGAUUGAAGGUCCACGGAGCGAUGGCGGCUUGGUGGAAAGCUUGCACGCCGCCAGCGAGGCGGUGCAGACUUGGACGCAAUCCUGGGAGAGUUCUAUGGACUCCAAGGACCAAGCAUUUGCGCGACUGGCCUUCAUUUUUCUUGUUGUAAAUGUUGCUGGUGGCUUGGUUCUCACGGCCUUCUACUACAAUUUCACUGCCUUCGAGGUCUACAUCAUGUCACUUUUCUGGGCCGGUAUCAUCUCCAUACCGCUGUACCAAGUGAAGAUCAGCAUCAUCGACUUGAUCUUCUCUCUUACGUUGCGAGAAACGUAUCGCCUGACGCGAGUGUUGGAGACAAACCCUCCGCAGGACAGAAUUCUGGUUAUGGUGUCCAAGCUGCCAAGGUUCCAUUGGCUCCAUGUGGACGAGCCCGAGAGCACAGAGCGGCAGCAGGAGUUCAAGGCCUUUCUGGACGAGGAGCUGAUGUCUUCCAGUGCACUGCGGAGAAACAUCGAGGAGAAGGGCAAGGAGUACCACGUCAGUCUGAGGUCUUCUGCGUCUGCUCGUGGCACGCACAAGCGGAGGGACCAGAUCGAGGAAAUCUGGGAGAGACGCCACUGGCUGGGUACACUCCGGCCAUACAGCGACGCCUGGGACAUCUUCCGAGAUCUUCCAAUGCUGUGGGCCUCUCUGCGCUUCUUGCUUGGUUUCUUGACAAGGCCUCUGUCGCAGUUCAGCACGGAGGCCGAUUCAGCUCCGUACUUUGGGCUGCUGCUGCGGCUCUGUGCCACGCAGCUGUGUUUCCAGACCCUGAGUCGAGACGACCUCGCUGCACUUCUGACGCAUGCCGUCAGAGCCUACGGCAUCGUCGUUCUGUUGCGCUUGGUGAUCACCGGCAUCGGAUACUUGCCCGCUCUCCUGCAACUCGCCAAGGUUCCCGAGCCGCAACGGAAGGACUGGCGCGAGAGGUGCGAGGCGUGCUGCGCAUGGCUGCGCAGGUGCGGAAGGGCCCUCGCUGUGCGGUUGGACGAGCCCCUGGCGAAGUGCAUGGCCUCCUUUCGGGAGAACUGCCACUUCCUUUUGUCUAUGCUGAUCAUCAUUGCAGCGCUCGUGUUCACUCUCAACUUCGUUAGCUUCCUUACCAUCGCAUUGAGGCGUGAAGCUGUGGUCAUCGCAGGGACGUUGCAAGAGCUCAUGCGGCAACAUGAAGCAUACCAGGCGCUGAUGCAGAAGGUUGCCAGCCUUGCAAAGCAGACUGGUGUGGGCCCCACACAGGACGUCUCAGGGCUCGUUCUUGCAGUCCGAUCUCAAAUAGAGGCCGCCUUGCCGAACUUGGAGAAAGUCCUGGCACAGCACAUUCCCAACUUCCAAGCUUUCAAGUAUGUCCUUUACGACGCCUGGAACGACAACGACAGCGACGGCUGGCUCGAUGGGGCAACGAGCGCUUCCUUGGACAUGCAAAAGACCUGCGAAGACGCCAUCGCGGUGGGGGCAUCCUGCGGACCAGGCUUGGACAAGAGUCUGCCCAUGAAACAAAUGCUCCAGAACACCACGGCCGUCCUCCGACACCUGGCCGGCGGGAAUGUGAGCGGUGCGGCUUCCCUUCUUCCCUUCGUCUACUCCGAGGUGGCAGCUGUGUCCUCUAUGAUGGGCCUGGGAGAAGGCGGGGCCCAGCAAAGCAGCGCAGCGGAGGCUCUGAAGGAUGGGGCCGCCUACGGCGGGACUCUCCUGGCCAAGUUCACCUAUAACGUGCCCUUGGCCCUGCUGGACACGCUUGCCUCUGCUUCCUCGUUGCUGGGUCAGGCUGUGGUCUUUGUGACGGCCCUCUUCUACCUUCUUUCGGCCAAGGAGUCUUGCCUCGCUGUGGUCGGGGAGUUUCUGAGGGUCAUCGACCAGAAGCAGGUCAUCUUCCGAAUAAGCGAGCGAGUUAUGCGAGCUGUGCUCGUGUCUGCGAUGAAGAUGUCAGCGUUUCAUGCCCUCUUCACUUGGUUGCUGUAUUCCUUCGGUGAGCUCCCAAUCAUCGUGGUCCCGACCGUCCUUUCUGCCGUCCUGGCCUUGGUGCCCAAGGUUUCCCCGGUCUGGAGUGUUUCCAUUUGGGCCACCGUGUAUCUCUGGUGGCAGGGCGACAAGGCUUGGGCCAUUGUGUAUGGUGCCCUGAACUUCGCCGUCUGGUUUCAGGUUCCCACCGUCAUCUAUGCCGAGAUCCCUGAGUCCAACGCCUGGCUGACUGGCCUUGGCGUCGUGCUCGGGGUUGGCCAGUUCGGUUUGGCUGGGGUCGUGCUCGGGCCCUUACUUGCUUCGGUUCCGCUGAUCUGCUUCAACCUUGUAAAGCUGUUCAACACAGACAAGAUGGAAUGGCGGGCUGCAGAGGGGGACCUCCGCAAUUUCGGAACACGAAGCAGGCGCGGUGAGGCCCACGGUGGCUUCGCUUUUUCUGUACAGCACCGCCCUUCGCUCCUCACGCUCCACCAAUCCUUCUUGCAGGACCAGCCUUCAAGCGACAGCGAGGAUGGCCCGAACUCACCCACUAGCACGUCGGCGUUUGAUGUGGCUGAGCUGACAGAGACACAGGCGGACGAAGACGAGCAGAGGCAGAGUCAGAGCGACCGAGCUCAAGCUUCACGCACGCUGGUGAAGGACUCUCCCAAGUCGUCCGCCUCCGCGCAAGGUGUGCUGUCCCAGUCCUCGUCUCCUGAACAGGCAUCAAGCAAC